AUGCGUCCGUCAGUCUUGAGGCUAGCAUCCGCCGCCAACACCCAGCGUGGGCUGAGGCCGAAUCCAAUGGCCCUGCUUCCUCCCGUCCACCUCUACCGCCGUCUCCUCCGUGCUCACCGCAAGCAUCUACCGGCUGAGAUGAGGGUUCUCGGAGACGAGUACAUCAAGGCUGAGUUUAGGGCGCACCGCAAGGUGGACAAUCCAGCCCAUCUGAUUGGCUUCUUGACAGAGUGGCAGCUGUAUGCCCAAAAGAUUGAGGGUGACUCUUGGGUGGGUGAUAAGCUGGAUGAGCAGAAGCUCGCAAAGAUGAGUGAUGAGCAAAUACACCAGCUGUACGAAUUGAUGCAGGCGAUCCAGGCCAGGUCCAAGGAGGGCGGCGAGUCAGAUUCAUAG